UUUGCAGAUGCAACACCUGCUGCGUUUGUCCCAACUGUCAGGUGUGUGGUGUACCCCCUCCAUUCAACCUUAUCCAACGAGGAGCAGCAGGCCGUCUUCAGCCGCCCUCCUGAGGGCGUCACGAAGAUCAUCAUCUCCACCAACAUCGCUGAGACCUCCGUCACCAUCGACGACGUGGUUUACGUCAUCGACUCUGGCAAGAUGAAGGAAAAGAGGUAUGACGCAUCCAAAAGCAUGGAGAGCCUGGAGGACUCGUGGGUGUCCAGAGCCAACGCGCUGCAGAGGAAAGGUCGAGCAGGUCGCGUGGCCUCUGGGGUUUGCUUCCAUCUCUUCACAAGCCACUGCUUCCACCACCAGCUGGCUGAGCAGCAGCUGCCUGAGAUCCAGAGAGUCCCUCUGGAGCAGCUCUGCCUCCGAAUUAAGAUCCUGGAUUUGUUUGCCGAACAGCCGCUGGAGUCGGUCUUCUCUCGGCUCAUCGAGCCCCCGGCUGAAGGCAGCCUGGACGCUGCCAGGCAGCGUCUCCAGGACCUGGGUGCUCUGACCGCAGAUGAGAAGCUGACCCCGCUGGGCUACCACCUGGCCUGCCUGCCUGUCGACGUGCGCAUAGGAAAACUGAUGCUGUUUGGCGCCAUUUUUCGCUGCCUCGACCCGGCGCUCACCAUCGCCGCCAGUCUGGCCUUUAAAUCUCCAUUUGUGUCUCCGUGGGAUAAGAGAGAGGAAGCUGGCGAGAAGAAGCUUGCCUUCUCAUUGGCUAACAGUGACCAUCUGGCUUUGUUACAAGCAUACAAGGGUUGGUGCUGCGCUGCAAAGAAUGGUAACCAGGCCGGCUUCCUCUACUGUAGGGAGAACUUCCUGUCCUGGCGCAGUUUACAGGAGAUCGCCAGCCUGAAGAGACAGUUUGCAGAGCUGCUGUCGGACAUCGGCUUCAUUAAGGAGGGAUUGAGGGCCAGAGUUAUUGAACGUCUUUCCUCAAAGGGAACGGAUGGUGUUUUAGAGGCUACUGGACCUGAGGCCAACCUUAAUUCGGAUAACAUCCGUCUGAUGUCUGCAAUGCUGUGUGCAGCUCUCUAUCCAAACGUCGUCCAGGUACGAGCACCUCAGGGGAAUUACAAGAUGACCAGCAAGGGAGCAAUGAAGAUGCAACCGAAAGCCAACGAGCUGCGCUUUAUGACCAAGAACGACGGCUGCGUCCACGUUCACCCAUCGUCUGUUAACUACACGGUCCGCCACUAUGACAGUCCCUACCUGGUUUACCACGAGAAGGUAAAGACGAGCCGCAUUUUCAUCAGGGACUGCAGCAUGGUGUCCGUCUACCCGCUGGUGCUGUUCGGAGGGGGUCAGGUCAACGUGGAGCUGCACAAAGGAGAGUUUGUCAUCUCCCUGGAUGACGGGUGGAUCCGAUUCGCUGCAGCUUCGCAUCAGGUGGCUGAGCUGGUAAAGGAGCUGCGCUGGGAGCUGGACCAGCUGCUGGAAGAUAAAAUCAGGAACCCAAGCAUGGACCUAUGCACCUGUCCCCGUGGUUCUCGCAUCAUCCGCAUGAUCGUCCAACUUAUAACCACUCAGUAACUCUCCAGCUGGAAGCCUCACGAUCCCCCUAAGGGCUUAAAUGAGUGGAGCUCUGCCAUGGACUAUAAAUAAAUAUAUUGUCAAAGGGAAACUCUGGUAUUUUACUUCACUAAUUAAGACAUUGGAUGCAUGAAUUUAUGUUACUGCAUAAAGGGGAAAAAAUGCUUUAAAAAAAAAAACACCUAUGCAGAUGAUGAAGUCUUAUUUAUUAAUCUUUCAUGUUUUGAUUCCAUGCACUGUUUUCCUGCACUUGAUGUCAAGUAAACUUUGUAUACAGCAGUUUUAUUUUGGGUUGUGUGUAACACAACACUGUUUUCUUGGAUCCAUAUUGGAUUUUCUUCAUUUUUUUUUAUGUGACUGCAUGCAAAUGUGUAUUUGUACUGCACGACUGAGUGAUCCAAGAGCUGCUGCAUGGCGUUGAGAUGUUUUUUAAAUCUGCUGAAUGUAUUUUUCUGUCAUAAUUACACUUUAUUAUGUGAAUGGAAAGGUUUUGGAGUGAAGGCGGGAGACGGUGUCUGUUUCUAAAGACAACUGUUGUUUUUGCAAGCGAUAAAAUCCACUCAACAGUUCCUUGCAAAUAAAGCUUUGAGGUUUAUCUGAUUUACA